CUUUGCACUUACAGGUUGCUCACAAAUGCAGUUGCUAGGGCAAGAAAAGUGAUGGAGGAUCAAAAAAUUGAUUGGACAAAUUAUGGCUGCACCAUUCUUUCUUAUGGGUGGACAGAUGGCAAGAACCGCACCAUCAUCAAUUGUUUGGUCGCUUGCAAGGACAAUGUAGUGUUUUUGAAAUCUGUUGAUGCCUCCAACAAGGUGAAAAAUGCAGAAACAUUGGCUGGAAUGUUGGAGCAUGUCAUCAUGGAGGUGGGGGUAGAGAAUGUGGUGCAAAUCAUCACAGAUAAUGCAGCAGCAUAUGUGUCAGCAGGAAGAAUCCUCCAAGAGAGGCACCCCACUCUUUUUUGGACACCUUGUGCAGCACAUGUCCUUGACCUUCUUUUGGAGGACAUAGGAAAACUUGAGUGGAUGACUCUAGUUGUGGAAGAUGCAAGGAGGAUCACCAAAUAUAUCUACAAUCACCCUUGGGUCCUAAAUUUGAUGAGACAACACACGCAAGGGAAAGAUUUGGUGAGAGCUAGUGUCACAAGGUUUGCAACGAUUUUCUUGACGUUGCAAAGCAUUCUUGCUGCAUUGACUUCUUUGAAACAAAUGUUUGUGAGUGGAGAAUAGCUUUACUCACCUUAUUCAAAGAAGCCUGAAGGAGAGGUUGUCGCAUGCAUAGUCUUCGACAACCAAUUUGCACA